AUGGCGAGUUCUCUUACUAUUCCUCCUAACUAUCACCGAGAUGUUAUUGGGGACUCGAGAUUUAUUAUUCCACAGCGGUAUUCUCAAUUGAAACCUAUUGGAUCUGGUGCCCAAGGCUUUGUUGUGUCAGCAUAUGAUUCUAUUCUAAAUAAAAACAUUGCAAUCAAGAAGCUUGCCCGACCUUUCCAAAAUGUGACUCAUGCAAAACGAGCUUACCGCGAGUUUAUAAUCUCGCUUUUGAAUGCGUUUAGCCCCCAACAAACUCUUGACGACUUCCAGGAUGUCUAUCUGGUUAUGGAAUUAAUGGAUGCCAAUCUAUGUCAAGUUAUACACAUGGACUUGGAUCACGAAAGGACUUCAUAUCUGCUGUAUCAGCUGCUAUGCGGGGUCAAGCAUUUGCAUGCCGCUGGAAUUAUUCAUAGAGAUUUGAAGCCCAGUAAUAUUGCUGUCAAACACGAUUGCAGUCUUAAAAUUUUGGACUUUGGGUUAGCAAGGACAGCAGGAGAUAGCUUUCUAAUGACGCCUUAUGUUGUAACUAGGUAUAUUUCCUGGAAUAAUUUAUUUAAAACUAAGAAUUGCUUAACCUAUUUAAAAAAAUUUUCAUCAACGAAUCUUUGA